AUGCCUCCAAUUUUGACUCAAGUGGCACGGAGCUCCGAUGCGUUGCCGUUGAUAGCGACAUCAACCCCAACGCACAACCUCUCUGUCUCACAAAAGCAGCAACAAGAUGCAAAGCAGCUUAUGCGCAGUAUGACAGCUGGGAACCCGAAUAAGAUGAGUAUUCAGUCUGAACGGAUGGUCUUUUACUACAUGCAACGCGAUAAUCUAUGUUUUUUAACCUUGACGGAAGAUAGUUAUCCCAAAAGACUGGCAUUUCUUUAUUUGGAAGAAGUAGCCGACGCUGUACUGCAAGAGCUCGUCCGAGAGUUUGGUACCGAUUGGCGGGCAAAUGUUGACCAGGCGGCGCGUCCAUUUCAGUUUAUUCAUUAUGAUCCCAUAAUUCAACGAAAACAGCGAGAGUUUCGUGACCAACGGGAUGUAAAGAACAAAUCCAAAUUGCAGGAAGACUUGGGCGAGAUCCAGUCCAUAAUGAAAAAGAACAUUGACGAAAUUCUGAAUCGGGGUGAGAAGCUUGAUAACGUCUCAAAUAUAUCCAACGAGUUGCGCAGCAAAUCAAAAGACUUCAAGUGGGGUACUAAGAAACUCACCUGGCAAGCACGGAUGCAACAGUACGGUCCCAUGGUAGUCGGUGCUUCUAUCAUUUGCAUUGUGCUUUACGUCAAGAUCUUUCACAUUGGUUUCUGACGAGCUGAAAUACUGACUAUUUGUGGACUGCCGGUGUGUACGUUGCCUUUGGGAAAGAUAAGGUAGAACCCUCAUAAUUGUGUAUAUUCUGCUCAGUCUUUUCGCGCCUCCACA